UAAGGGUAUGAAAGGCAUAAUGUUUCAGCAAUGCAACGUUUAAACCAGGGCAGUGACCUGGGUCUCAUACGUGUCUCACAAACGCACACAGCAGUACAUCGAAGCAGAUUCUCAUAUAUUCUGCUGUGCCUUUAAAAGCCCUGCUCAGUCCUUUUCCUAUUGGGUGUUAGUGAUAUGCUGUGCUCCAAUAGCAUGCAGGACUGUACAAAGAGAUCUACCCCAUCCCCCUGCAGCCUCAGCACCAUAAACGUUAACAAUGCAACGAGCUGGAGGACGGUGUGAUGCGCUCAUAUCACCGAGCUGGAACCAAAACCGUUAAUUUAUGCUCCAGACAUGAACAAAAUUGCUUCAUGUAUUUUUCUGGCUAUAGCUAAUGCUCCGCCGAAGUGGAUAUUUGCUUUGAUUUUCUUGAUGGAUAACGCAUUGUAACGGAUAAAGGAAUGACAAAGAGAAUGGGGUACAGAGACUGGAGAUGGCAGGCGCUUUGGUGGCAUCAUUUCUUUCUCUUUUGGAUUACAACAGACGGACAGACUCGUUACAGCAUCCCGGAGGAACUAAAACAGGGAUCUGUGGUAGGAAAUCUAGCCAAAGAUUUGGGUUUGGGACUAUCAGACAUUUUUGACCGUAAACUGCGUGUUGCCUCAGAGGCUGGUGAGGAGUAUUUCAAUGUGGAUGCGGGGAAGGGCGAGCUGGUGGUGAAUGACAGAAUAGACAGAGAGGCUUUAUGCGGACAAAGCGCCAGCUGUGUGUUGCCUUUGCAAAUAGUUCUGGAGCACCCUCUAAGUUUACAUCGAAUUGAAAUAGAAAUAAAAGACAUAAAUGAUAAUUCUCCCAGGUUUCAUACAAAAGAAUUGGCACUGAAAAUUGCCGAAUCGGCGGCAGUGGGAACUCGUUUUCUUUUGGAGAGCGCGGAGGAUUUAGACGUUGGAGGUAAUUCUCUAAAAUCCUACACCUUGACGAGAAAUGACUGUUUCACGCUGAAAAUGAAGGAGGUUGAAGAUGGCAAGGCAGUGCCUGAGUUAGUGUUAGAGAAACCUUUAGACAGAGAGAAGAAGGCAGUUCAUCAGUUACUACUGACUGCAUUAGACGGGGGAAACCCAGUCAUGUCUGGUACAUCAAAAAUCACAAUUACAGUGCUUGACGUAAAUGACAAUUUUCCAGUUUUCGAUAAAAAUCCAUAUAAAGUUUCUUUAGCAGAGAAUACUUCAAAGGAUGCUUUUGUAAUACAAAUUGCAGCAACUGAUGCUGACGAGGGACCAAACGGAGAACUUGAAUACUCUUUCAGUUCUCGGACACCAGAGUCCGUGUUAUCUGUAUUUGAAAUUGACAAAUUAACAGGAGAAAUACAUUUGAAAGGAGAGUUAGAUUAUGAGAGAGCUACGUCCUACAAAAUCGAAAUAACUGCAAAAGACAAAGGGGUGCCUGAAAUGGACAGUCACUGUCGUCUGCAGAUAGACGUUGUAGAUGUUAAUGACAACACUCCAGAAAUUGUUCUGACCUCUGAACCGCAGGCGGUGCGCGAAGACGCACCAAGUGGCACAGUGGUGGCUUUGAUCAGUGCACGUGAUGCUGACUCUGCUAAUAAUAGCAAAGUGACACUGCGCCUACCUAAAGGUUCUCCUUUCACUCUAAAACCGUCGUUUUCAAACAAUUAUGCACUAGUUACCAGUGGCGCUUUAGACCGAGAAAGUUCCUCUGAAUAUAAUAUUGAGAUAACAGCGACAGAUUCAGGCUCUCCUCCACUCUCUAGUAAGAAAACUAUUCCUGUCAGCAUCACUGAUGUUAAUGACAACCCUCCUAUUUUUACUCAGCCCUCAUAUAAUGUGUAUUUGAAAGAGAACGGAGUACCAGGUUCUAUACUGUACUCAGUAUCAGCAUCUGACCUGGACUUUGGAGAAAAUGCUAAAAUCUCUUAUUCCAUUCUGGAAUCUAAAGUGCAGGACGUUUCUGUCUCGUCUUAUGCUUACAUCAACUCAGAUAACGGCAGCAUCUACAGCAUGCACUCGUUUGACUAUGAGAAGCUGAAGGUGUUUCAGAUUCAGGUUCAGGCAAAGGAUCAGGGCUCUCCGUCUCUCAGCAGCAACGCCACAGUCUAUGUUUUCAUCGUGGACCAGAACGACAAUGCCCCCUCUGUUAUUUACCCCUCCUCCGCUGCCCUGGGCUCCCUCUCUCAUCAGAGGAUGCCCCGCUCAGCCAAAACUGGUCACCUGGUUACCAAGGUGACGGCUGUGGACGCUGACUCGGGCCACAACGCGUGGAUCUCGUACAAAGUGUCGGAGGCCACAGACGCGUCUCUGUUCACUGUCAAUCAGUACACGGGGGAGGUGAGGACUAAACGCGCUGUGUCCGAGCAGGACGACUCCUCUCAGAGGCUGCUGAUAGAGAUCAAGGACGACGGGGAGCCGGUCCAGUCCGCCACCGUCACGGUGUCCAUCCUGCUGGAGGACGGUCUCCAUGAGCCCAUCUUAGACCUGAGACACAAAUCUGUGGAGCCGAGCAAGAAAACUGGGAGAAUCACCCUUUAUUUGAUUCUGUCUCUGGCCUCGGUGUCCGUGCUGUCUCUGGUGACUUUUGUCAUCUUGGCGGUGAAAUGCAUGAGGAGCAGCAGGAGCAGCGGUAGUUGCUGCAUGAGACGCAGCGACUGUGAUGAUUACAAGAACCCGAACAGGAACCUGCAGAUUCAGCUCAACACUGAUGGACCUAUAAAGUACGUGGAGGUCCUGGGAGGAGACAUGUUGUCUCAGAGUCAGUCGUUCAGGUCGUGUAUGUCUCCGAUGUCAGAGUACAGUGAUUUCACUUUGAUUAAGCCCAGCAGCACCACAGACUUUAAGGAGGUGAUCAGUGUCCUGGAUGCGUCUUUACCGGACAGCACCUGGACUUUUGAGAGCCAGCAGGUGAGCAUAAAACAACAGUAGUCUUUUGUGUAGUUAUGUUGUAGUGUACAGUUUUUGUGAGCUUGAAAUACAUAACAUGCCUCUGAUAGCAUGGUUAUUGCAACGGUAUUAAAACACACAAAUAUAUAUUAAUUUUCUGCGUGUUUAGCUUUUGCUGUGUUCGCCCAACAUAUUGUUUGGCAUUCUAGUAGCAUUUAAUCUAUAUAGUUUCUAAUUGCAGUUAUGCAUAUUCUCAUCUUAUAAUAAUUUCGUUUUAUAGUAACUGUUUCGUGAAAACCUGAUUUUUCGGUGGUAUCAAGAAUAUUACGCCGUGCUUCCAUUGCUUACGUGUUCUGUGCUUGCAAAUUUGUUAAUAAGUGAUCACCCCUCCUAAUAUUAGUUUUCUGCGAUGAAGCCAGGUUACUUUAUUUGCAUUUUACUGUAUUUUGUAACAUUAGAAUGCCUCUUUUGCAGUUGUAUGAAUGACGCUUUGUUUCAGCACCACAGAGUUGGACAGCGAACCUUGAAUCUGCUCUGAGCAACUGUACAUAUUUUUUGGAUUGAAAUCGCACAGAAGAGAAUGUUUGCUAUAAAGUUCAAAUAACUGGAAUUAGUAAAAUAAAAAAACGUUCAAAUAACUGGAA